GAAACAUUGAAAUCAUAUCAAGCAAGCAUCGAAAAACAAUUAUUAAAGUUUAUUUCUCUGGCUUCACCGAGACCACAUAGACCAAUCCGUCAAUUAAUCGCAAGGUGUUUUGUGAUUAUUUAUGUCAAGGGCGAUUCAAGGACAUUAUAUGAUACAAUUACUGCUUUGCAAAGUUUAGCUGUGGUCGGAAAAGGAGUUGGCGAAAAGGAAACGAAGUUAGCAGCAUUGUAUUGUAUCGGAAUUAUUUCGAAAUCAAUCGGGAACAGGAUUUUAUCAUUUUUUCCAGAGACAAUAAGCAUUUGCUUAAAACUCAUAAAAAAUGCAACCAACGUUAGUACAGUUGGUCAGCCGUUAAGCAUUCGUCUGGAGGCUACGAGAACCAUGACCAGAUCACUUGAAGGUUCGGCUAAAGGUGCAACAGAGUUAGAUAUAAAAGACAUGAUGAAGCAAUUAAAGUCCGGAUUGAAUGAUAAGUCCUUAAUAUUUAGAGUUGAAACUAUUGAGUGUAUGCACGCAAUAGCAAAGCAUACCCACCAACAAUAUCCAAUUACGGCUGGUGAACUAGAGCAGUUACUCACCUUAAUGAUAAAGACGCUCGAGGGGUCAAAUCAGGAGAUUAGACGUUCGGUUGCUUCGUACAUAGCUACUUUGUUGGCAGGGACUCAGGGCGAAGUAGACUUUUUAGCAUUACCAACAGCAUCAAAAAGUAAUACGUCAUCUUCCUCUCAUAAUAAUGUGUCUCAGAAUUCUGGAAACUCUGUAGUUGGUCAGCCUCCUGAAAAUGUAAAAGUCAUGUUGUCUGUUGAAGAAAUGUUACUUCAUCUCUCUUCAAUAUAUAACAAGCACUCCAAUAGUAGGGAAACGCGUACCACAAUCAUUGGGGCUUAUUCGGCUCUCUUCAUGAAAUUGGGUACCAAAUAUGUGGAAUUAAAUUAUGCAGCAAUAGCUCACCAUUUGUUAAAAGAACUUUUACAACAUUCACGAAAUUUAAAUUCCCGACACGAGGCUUUACGUGUUCGUGAGCACU